AAAGGCACAUGUAUAAAGUUGAGUCUUCUAUCUAUCUCUAUGGUUGGUCCAUGAACGUUGCUAUCAACGCGGCUGCAAAUUGAAGAUGGCGGACUUGUUGGGGACUGUGCCGUCAGCUGAAAAAGAAACCGAAAAUAAGGACAAGAAGAAGGAGAAACGGCCAUGGGAUGAUAUACCAAGGUCGGGGGAAAUCGGUAAAACUCCAGAUCUGGCGGAAACAUUGGGCUUUUACGAUAUAAAUGCUGUCAGACGGGAGCAACGUGAACGUGAUAACUCAGAUCCGUCGCUGGCUCGCUUCAUGUGUGCUGAGCUGACCCGGGGCUACUUCCUGGAGCACAACGAAGCAAAAUACACCGAGCGCAGAGAGCGAGUGUACACAUGCAUGCGCAUUCCCAGAGAACUGGAAAAGCUGAUGAUCUUUGGCUUCUUCCUGUGUCUGGAUGCCUUCCUCUACGUGUUCACGCUGCUUCCCCUCCGGGUGCUGCUGGCCCUGCUACACCUCCUCACCCUGCCCUGCUGCAGCCUCGGUGGCUCGCGCCUGCUGCAGCCGGCCCAGGUGUGUGACAUCUUGAAGGGACUGAUAAUGGUGCUGUGCUACUCCAUGAUGCACUACGUGGACUACAGCAUGAUGUACCACCUGAUCCGAGGACAGUCCGUCAUCAAACUCUACAUCAUCUACAACAUGCUGGAGGUAGCCGACAGGCUGUUCUCGUCGUUUGGCCAAGACAUCCUUGACGCUCUCUACUGGACGGCCACGGAGCCCAAAGAGAGGAAGAGAGACAGCAUAGGGGUCAUCCCCCACUUCUUCAUGGCUGUAUUCUACGUCUUCCUGCAUGCCAUCCUCAUCAUGGUCCAGGCGUCAACGCUCAACGUGGCUUUCAACUCCCACAAUAAGUCCCUGCUCACCAUCAUGAUGUCCAACAACUUUGUGGAGAUCAAAGGAAGUGUGUUCAAGAAGUUUGAGAAGAACAACCUCUUUCAGAUGUCCAACAGUGAUAUCAAGGAACGGUUCACCAGCUACGUACUCCUUCUCAUCGUCUGCCUCAGGAACAUGGAGCAGUUCUCAUGGAGCCCAGAUCAUCUCUGGGUGUUGUUACCUGAUGUCUUCAUGGUGAUCGCCUCCGAGAUCGCAGUGGACGUCAUCAAACACGCCUUCAUCACCAAGUUCAACGAGAUCACGGCAGAUGUAUACAGUGAAUACAGAGCCAGCCUGGCCUUCGAUCUCGUCAGCUGUCGGCAGAAAAACGCCUGCACAGACUACAGCGAUUCCGUAGCCAGGAGAAUGGGCUUCAUUCCUCUUCCUCUUGCAGUCCUGCUAAUCCGAGUGGUGAUGAGUUCAGUGAAUGUACAGGGAGCCCUGUCCUACUCCUGUGUGUUCCUCUUUUACAUGGGAAUGGUGACCCUGAAAGUGCUUAACAGUAUUGUGCUGCUGGGGAAGUCGUGUGUGUACGUGAAGAGAGCCAACAUGGAGGACAAGCUGUUUGAGAAGCCCCCCACAGCCGUCCCCGGGAAGACGCCCAGUCGAACCAGCAAGACAUCCAGGUGUACUGCCCCCUCAGGUGAUCUGUCAGGGGAUCCGUGGUCUGAGCGGUCUCCAUCCACUCCUUCCUGCACCUCCAUCCCCCCCACCUCCUCUGUCACCACCCAGCCUACCCCCACCGUCAUCCCCAACCCACAGGCAGAGACUGUGGCCCCUCCCACCACUUCCCCCACCACCACCCCAACCAGACCCUCCACCAGCCCAGAACCGGACCCUGACACCCUCACCCCCUCGCCCCCUGCCACUCCCGAGCAGAAGGAGGGGGAUGGGACGGAGGGCACAGAGCUCAAGCACAGGACCCCUAAAAAGGACCUGCUGGACGUAGACCGCUUCACGAUAUGCGGGAACCGCAUUGAUUGACCCCUCUGAGCCCUUCCAUUGACCUUUGACCCCUCCCCCCGAUAGCUACUCAGGAGAGGCGGUGAGCAAGACGCACCUCAGCACUUCUGCUCUCUUAGCAAAAUCCAGCGGAAGCAGAGUAUAUUUAUUAAGUUAGACAUACAGUAAGUUAUUGUGGGACAGGCUGUUUAAUUUAAGUUGACUUUCUGUUUUUCGCCUGCUGGGUUUGGGGCUCGACAAAGAGAACUACAGUUGGCUGAGCAACGGAAGACUGCCAGAGGAAAUGUUGUUUUCAUGGCAACCUAGUUGUCUGUACCAAUGAUGUAUAUAAACCCUGGAUUGCUGAUGCUAUGUAUUGGCCAUUGAGAAGCUUUGAAGCCACCGGUCGGCCAUGUUGGCACUCCCCAGUAUUACAGUUAAAUGUUUCAAGGACAAAAUAGCAUGUAUAUAAGUGUUUUGUUGUUAUAGUGGGGACAAUUACAUUUAGUAGUAAAAAUAAAUGUUUUAAUAGUAUAAUAUAAAUACAAGUAUGCAUUAAGGUGUCUGUAAUAGAAUAAAUGUGUAAAAAAAAAAAAAAAGUAGACAUUAAUACAUUUCUAUAGCUUCUAAAAUCUAUUUUACAAUGGAGGAGGAGUACCAAGAUGGCUGCACGAUGGCUUCAGUACAGCACCCCAUGUCAGUCAUCCCGGAUGCUAGAUACACAUUGUGUGUGUGUGUGUGUGAACACGAACGUGGAACAUGAGACAUUGGUGCCUCUUCUCAGAUACACAGCAAAAGAGGAACAAAGUUAUAUGUCAAUGUUCUACCGUUUUAUUUGGACAUAUUGGAUAAAAACGACUGAUUUAGCAAUUUGCUCAUCAAAAAGCUUUACCCAGUUUAUUGGAAUUUUGCGGUAUAAAAUAUCACUACUGGUAGGAGCUCCAUUUUGGUAGUGUAAAGAACAUCUCCACAGAAGUGAGAUUUUUUUAGACAGCUUUCUUUUACAGAUAUUUUAAUCUCAUUCAAUUUGACUUAAAAUAAUAUUUGAUGGUUAUUUGUUUGCCAUUACCGCACGUAUUACUCAUAAUACAUAUUGCCUUUGGGAAAAGUUCAUACUAGCAUUUUAUGAUGGCAAGAAUCCCUAGUUUGCGCUGAUGAAACGUUACCGUAUUGUCUUAAUUAAAUAUGCUACAGAUGACAGGGUUUGGAGCUAUUUCUCUUCCAUUUGACGCUCAUGCGAUGUUUUAAUUACUAUUGUAAUAAGGAUCUAUUUUUGGAGCUGCCAGUUGUAAUAUUUUAUAGUAUUUUUGCGCAUGGAACUUCCACUGAACUCUCUCCGAGGGUCACUUUUUGUAGUGUUCUUAUGCAAGCAAUGAUGGAAAACUGUCCACUUAAUCUCGUCUGUUUGGUUCAUAACUUCACCGUGAUAUGAAAUGGCCCUCUUUUUGGGAUGAUGAUAACGAUGAUAAAUAAAUGAAAGUUAUUUUGCAA